AUGAGUGUCGUUGGUAGGUUGUUCCCUAUUCCUGCUGCUUCCACUCCCCCCCCCCGGUUUGCGCGCAAGCCAUUUGCAAUGAGGUCUCCAACCGUGCCACCCCUUCCCUUGUCGGCUUCGGCCCCAAGUCGCGAUACCUCGGCGAGACUGCCAAGACGCAAGAAAUGUCCCAACCUCAAAGAACACUGUCGGCUCCCUGAAGCGCCUCGCCCGGCCGCAAGCUUCAACGACCCCGAUACCCAGAUCGAGCAGACGCACAUCACCGCUCCCCUCGUCGACAUGAACGGCCAGGUCGGCGCCGAGGUCAACUAUCUUGGAAAGAAGGAGAAGUUCACCAACACCCAGCUCAUCGGCAUGUACCUGAGCAAGAUCAAGCAGACCACCGCUGCCGAGAUCAAGCUGCCCGUCUCUGACCUUGUCAUGAGUGUGCCCGCCUGGUUCACCGACAUCCAGCGUCGCGCUCUGAUCGACGCUGCCGAGAUUGCCGGCCUCAAGCUUCUCCGCCUCAUGAACGACACAACCGCUGCCGCUCUCGGCUGGGGUAUCACCAAGCUCGACCUCCCUGCGCCCGAGGAGGCCCCCCGCCGCGUCGCCUUCAUUGACAUUGGCCACAGCAACUACACCUGCUCCAUCAUCGAGUUCAAGAAGGGUGAGCUCGCCGUCAAGGCGACCACCUACGACCGCCACUUUGGCGGCCGCGACUUCGACAAGGCCAUUGUCGACCACCUGCAGAAGGAGUUCAAGGGCAAGUACGGCUGCGACAUCAACACCCACCCCAGGGCCUACGCUCGUACCGUUGCCGCUGCCGAGAAGUGCAAGAAGAUUCUGUCGGCGAACCAGCAGUCCCCUGUCAACGUCGAGUCCCUCAUGAACGACAUUGACGUUUCCGCCAUGAUCACGCGCCAGGAGUUCGAGGCCAUGGUUGAGCCUCUCCUGGCCCGCGUCCACGUUCCCCUUGAGCAGGCCCUCGCCGACGCCAAGCUGACCAAGGAUGACAUUGACGUGAUUGAGAUCCUCGGCGGCGGUUCCCGUGUGCCCGCCCUCAAGGAGAGGAUCCAGGAGUUCUUCGGCAAGCCCCUGUCCUUCACCCUCAACCAGGACGAGGCCGUCGCCCGUGGUUGCGCUUUCAGCUGCGCCAUUCUGUCCCCCGUCUUCCGUGUCCGUGACUUCACCGUCCAGGACAUCAUGAGCUACCCCCUAACCAAGACUUUCUCCGAUAAGGCCAUGGAGACGGACAACAAGGACGACGCCCCCAAGAAGACCCGCAAGGUCAAGAAGCAGGUCCGCAAGGGCGACCUUCCUAUUUCCACCGGCACCGCCUCGCUUCCCGAGUCCACCAAGGUUGCGCUCUUCGAGAAGGAGAACGCCAUGGUCAUGGAGGACAAGCUGGUGGCCGACACGGAGGAGAAGAAGAACGAGCUCGAGACCUACAUCUACGACCUCCGCAACAAGCUCGAUGACCAGUACGCCGAGCUUGCCACCGAGGAGGAGAAGAACAAGAUCAAGGAGAAGCUUGAGGCUAGCGAGGACUGGCUCUACGAUGAGGGUGACGACACGACCAAGGCCGUUUACAUUGCCAAGAUUGACGAGCUCCGCGCCAUGGCUGGACCCAUCAUGCAGCGCCAUUUCGAGAAGGUCGAGGCUGAGCGCCAGGCCGUUCAGGCCAAGAUUGACGCCGAGAAGGAGGCCAAGCGUGCUGCCGAUGAGGAGGCUCGCAAGGCCGCCGAGGCCGAGAAGGGCGCCAACGGCGGCAAGGACGAGGAGAUGACCGACGCUGCGGGCGAGGCGAAACCCGAUGUCGACGAGACUGGCGAGGCCUCCAAGUAA